AGCCAGCGCUCAUGACAUCAUUCAUGAUAUCAUAACGUUGGUGAAAACGUUGCAGAGCGCACGUGUCGUUAUUACAUGACAUACCGGUGCGAGAACCGGGAAAGUUUUUGUUUAUCUAGUCUGGACGGAGUACUGAUUGGGCUAGUAACGGCCCAUUAUGAGUUUUAAACUAUUAAUUGAUCGAUGAUUGUUUGGAUCCACGAUGGGGGGAAGAAGAAAACGAAGACGAACGGAGGGUAUUGUGUGCGGCGAGGAGACAAGUGGAAGUGACGAACUCGUUUACACUGACUUUCUCUCUCUCUCUCUCCAUCUGAAAAAGCGGGAAGUCUCACCACAAAGUUCGUUUUUACUUUUUCGGAUCAUCACAUUUUCUUUUUCUCCCUUUUUUUUUACCAAAUCUUUCAAGAGAGGAUGAUGCACGCAGCUUUGCACCUUGUUCUAGACACCAAUCUGUAGAAAAAAAGGUUUGGUUUGUUUCUUCAAGCUGAGCAGAGUUUAAGCUUUCCUUAUUUUAAAGCAACAAAAAAAAACUAGAAUGGCGACGUUUUCGAUGAGAGAUUUAGAUGAGGCUCUCCAAGGAUGUGGCCAGAAAUCCGGGAUUGAAAUAUGGCGCAUCGAGAACUUCAAACCUGUCGCUGUCCCAGAAGAGUCCCAUGGCAAAUUCUUCUCCGGGGAUUCCUAUAUAGUCUUAAAGACCACUGCUUCAAGAGGCGGUUCCCUGCAUCACGAUAUUCACUACUGGCUCGGUAAAGACUCCAGUCAGGACGAACAUGGUUCUGUAGCCGUUAAGACAGUCGAGUUAGACUCAGCGUUAGGUGGGCGUGCUGUUCAGUACCGAGAAGUACAGGGUCACGAGACCGAGAAGUUCCUUUCCUACUUCAAACCUUGCAUUAUACCUCAGGAAGGUGGAGUCGCUUCCGGGUUCAACCACGUCAAGCCCGAGGAGCACCAGACUCGUCUCUAUAUCUGCAAAGGCAAACAUGUCGUCCGUGUCAAAGAGGUUCCGUUUGUUCGAUCGACGCUCAACCACGACGACGUCUUCAUUCUCGAUACAGAGUCCAAAAUUUUUCAGUUCAGUGGUUCCAAUUCGAGUAUACAAGAAAGAGCAAAAGCUCUUGAGGUUGUUCAGUACAUUAAAGACACGUACCAUGACGGAAAGUGCGAGAUCGCAGCUGUGGAUGAUGGGAGGAUGAUGGCUGAUGCUGAAGCUGGAGAGUUUUGGGAACUGUUCGGCGGGUUUGCUCCGCUUCCUAAGAGAUCAGCAGUCAGUGAUGACCAAACCGCCGAGUCUGACGGGACCAAACUCUUCAGUGUGGAGAAGGGACAGACAGAAGCAGUAGAGGCUGAGAGUUUGGAGAAAGAGGUAUUAGACACUAACAAAUGUUAUAUUCUCGAUUGCGGUCUCGAAGUGUUCGUUUGGAAGGGACGUAAUACUUCAAUCGACCAAAGAAAGAACGCGACUGAAGCUGCAGAGGGAUUUUUCCGUUCGUCUGAACGUCCAAAAUCAAACCUGAUCAGUGUGAUGGAAGGGUUUGAAACAGUGAUGUUCCGAUCUAAGUUUGAUUCAUGGCCUGUUACAAGUACAGUAGCUGAGCCACGGCAAGGCAGAGGCAAAGUUGCAGCUCUUUUGCAAAAGCAAGGAGUUAACGUUGAAGGCCUGGUUAAGACUUCUUCACCUACUUCUAAAGACGAACCCAAGCCAUACAUUGAUGGCACAGGAAAUCUCCAGGUCUGGCGAAUAAAUAACGAGGAAAAGAUCCUUCUGGAAGGAGCGGAGCAAUCGAAGUUCUAUAGCGGAGAUUGUUAUAUAUUGCAGUACUCAUAUCCUGGAGAUGACAGAGAGGAAUAUCUAGUGGGUACUUGGCUAGGAAAGCAAAGCGUCGAGGAAGACAGAGCAUGUGCUAUUUCCAUGGCAAGCAAGAUGGUUGAAUCCAUGAAGUUUAUGCCGGCUCAGGCUCGCAUUUACGAGGGAAAAGAACCGAUUCAGUUUUUCGUGAUCAUGCAAAGCUUCAUCACAUUUAAGGGGGGUCUAAGUGAUGCGUUCAAGAAGUACAUAGCAGAGAACGAAGUCCCUGAUAAUACUUAUGAUGCAGAAGGUGUUGCGUUGUUUAGAGUUCAAGGUUCUGGACCAGAGGACAUGCAAGCCAUACAGAUAGAUGCGGUUUCCACAAGGUUGAAUUCUUCGUACUGCUAUAUAUUACAUGGUGAUUCAACUGUUUUCACUUGGUGUGGCAAUCUCACUACCUCGGAUGAUCAAGAACUUAUGGAGAGAAUGUUGGAUCUGAUUAAGCCAGAUGAACACACCAAGUCACAAAAGGAAGGUAUAGAGUCCGAACAGUUCUGGGAACUAUUAGGAGGAAAAUCAGAAUAUCCGAGCAAGAAGAUCAAGAAGGAUGGAGAGAGUGAUCCUCAUCUCUUCUCUUGCACAUUCUCAAACGAAACUCUAAAGGUUACAGAGAUCUUCAACUUCACUCAAGAUGAUUUGAUGACUGAAGACAUCUUCAUUCUUGAUUGUCACACUGAAGUAUAUGUCUGGGUCGGGCAACAAGUUGACCCCAAGAAGAAACCGCAAGUGUUAGCCAUUGGAGAGAAAUUCCUUAAGCUUGAUUUCCUCCUGGAGAACCUAUCAAGCGAAACACCGAUAUACAUCGUAACUGAAGGAAACGAACCUCCAUUUUUCACCCGGUUCUUCACUUGGGACUCUUCUAAAUCUGCAAUGCAUGGAGACUCUUUCCAGAGAAAGCUCGCAAUCCUAACAAACAAAGGAAAGCCGCUUCUAAAUAAACCUAAAAGGAGAGUACCGGUGUACAGCGGGAGGUCCAGCGUUGUCCCAGACAAAGCGCAGCCCCGGUCAAGAAGUGUGACCUCUACCGCAGACAGAUCACGUGUGAGGGGACGGUCUCCAGCUUUCAACGCACUUGCUGCGAACUUUGGGAACGUAAGCACAAGAAACCUGUCAACUCCACCACCUAUGGUUGGCCCAAUGGUCAGGAAGCUUUACCCCAAGUCCCACGCACCAGACCUCACAAAGCUAGCCCCCAAAUCCGCAGCUAUUGCUGCCCGCACAGCGAUUUUCGAGAAAACCAAGCCUCCUCCUCAAGAAACACAGCCCAUCUGAAGGUCUGCACCCAAACUAUUGAUUUGGUGAGAUAACUCGAGUUCUUGAGCUUUACACUAAUCUUUUUUGGAUGUGGUACAAACGGAGCAGAAGACGACAGAGGAUGAAUCAAUGAGCAACAUUAAAGGGAGAGAAGAAGAAGCAGAAGAGGAAAGUAACCUCCCUACAUUCCCAUACGAACGCCUCACCACCGACUCAGAGGAUCCUGCUCCAGACAUCGACCUCACUAGAAGAGAGGCAUACUUGACUGCAGCAGAGUUCAAGGAUAAAUUGAGAUGACAAAGAGUGAGUUCUAUAAACUUCCAAAAGUGGAAACAAAACAAGCUCAAAACGGCUGUUCAAUUAUUCUGA